UGAAAAUAAGCUGUUAUAAAUUUCUUUACAAUCAGUCGGGUUUCGUGUGUUAUAACUCGGUCAUCCGUCAAGAAAAGUUUGAUGUUCUUGCUUUUCAAAUCUCUGCUUAAUUAUUCGUGAUUUAUUCUGUAUUUAUUUGCAUUAUAAACAAUAAAAAAUGCAAUAAAAAGAGCGUGAAAUGUGCUAUUCGUGAGAAUCCAGUAAAAUUUGAGAUUGAAAAUAUGGAAUAUGAAAAAUCAGAGCAAGAACUUGAAGACAAUGUUCAGGAGCAAGGAGAUCUUCAAGAUUUUGACUUGAAUGGUUCACCACAGCAUUCAGACAAUGAGGAUUAUGUCCAUGAAGAAGAGGAAGAAAGUUCCUCAUUUGAUGAAGCCGAAUCUGGGAAACGAAGGAAACGGGGCAGGAAGAAGGGUACAAAGAACAAGGCGAAGAAGACUAGAGGAGCAUCAGGGAAGAAGGAAACAAAAGAAACAGAUGGAAGAAAAAAUCCUAUACUGCCACUCCUGUAUUGUUACAUUUGCAACCGUUCCUACACAAAAGUCUACCCCCUGAAUAAGCACUUAGAUGAGCACUAUAGCAAUCGCAAAGUGAUAAAUGAUAACCCAUUUCCUUGCUCACAGUGUGGAAAAAUUUUCACAGCAGAAAAAUUCCUCCAAUGCCACAUGAGGACGCACCAGAAGAACAUGAUACAUGACUGUCGUGUGUGCAAUCGUAGAUUCUCGUCAAGUAGGAUUCUCAAGAUUCAUCAGAAGUAUCACAGCAAGGAGCGCAAGUAUAGCUGUGAGAUUUGCUGUGAAAGUUUCCGCUUUGAAAAUGCUCUUGUGAUCCACAUGGAAGAGCAUAUAAAGGCAAUGCCCUUCCCGGAGAAUCUUCUACGGCUGCACGUGAUCCCAUCGAUUGAUGAGCGGUCUCAGGCUCCUCCGGGUGUCAAUCAGGAACUCCUAAAUGGCGGAAUUCUCUACAAAUGUUCUCAGUGCCCACAGAAAUUUGCCACAAUCAAUGAGAGGCGGAAUCAUCAGAGUAAGGAUCAUCCGAAAAUUCACACAUGCGAGUAUUGUGGCAAAGAAGUAAAGAGUUCCUUCGCCUAUCGCCUGCACUUGGUGUCCCACACGAAGGAGAAAACUUUCAAAUGUAAACUCUGCGGUGAUGCCUUUGCCUACCCUAAUCUGCUAGUUGUGCACAGGAGAGUAGCUCACGGAACGGGGGAUCCGGAUAAACUCUUACGACCCUUCAGAUGUGAACCCUGUGGCAAGGCCUACAUCUUCAAAUACGCCCUCACAGAGCACAUAAACUACGUACACAAAAACCUCAAACUAAUAUGUGAUCUCUGUGGGUAUUCCUAUGGUACAAAAGCACGGCUCAGGAGGCACUUCAAACGAGUCCACCUGCGGACAAAGAUGAAUGAGAAGCAGAGAGCUACCUGCGCAAGGAUGGUGAGCAGUAGGGCGGAAUAUGGGAAGGAACGCAAAUGUCCGGAAUGUGAUUUUGUAGCCAACAAAUUGGCAGAUAUUCGGAAUCAUCGCAUUGAAGAGCACUUCAAUGGGCUUUUCUGCACAGAGUGCAACGAAACACUAACCAGCAUCCUCACCUAUCGAUACCACAUGGAUGAUCACCGAGAUGGGAUAACGAUAGCACCCGGACCAGGAAGGAACGGAAGGAUCUUUGGGUGUUCCAACUGCGAUAAAUUCUACACUGAUCGUCGUUUUCUGCGAGAACACAUAAAUGCUCGUCACAGAUCGAUGAUAUUCAAAUGUGACCACUGUGAAAGGACUUUCCAGACCAAGAGAUACCUCAUUCGACACUUAUCCCUACACCAUGGAAUCAUUAAUAAGACAGCAAAACCAAGAAAGGUGGAUGGACUGAAGAAGAAGGCUCCAAAGAAGAUGAAAAUUAAAGUUCCGGACAUUACUGCUGUUCCUGCGGAAGCGUCACAUACAUCCCAUCAGCUGGAACCACCACAAUCUUCUCCACUGGCUCUUCACAUUCCCCACCAGUCACCACAGACCAUCUUGACAUCUGGUCAAGGACCAGUUGGUCUGGGGAUUCAGCACUAUAGGAUGGAGCAAGUUGCUAAACCCAUUACAAAUCAUGGAGGGAUACAGAUUCCCUUUAAAACUGAAACUCCUAUUCAAUUUAUUCAUUUUGGAAAUAUCGAUUCUCUCCAUUAAAAACGAAAUAUAUAUUAUUAAUUUAUAAUAAAGUGUGUUGAUGAGAGAAUAAAAGGAAAAUACAUAUGUAUAAAA